CUCCCAGUCAUGAGGUGCUGCCACGGGCUAAUUCUGUACUCGAUACUCGUAUUACCCUGGGAGAGAACGAGAGAGUGAACGGUCUGUGUGUGUGUUUGAGUGAGAUAGGGAGGGACGGACAAGCAAGUUUUGCCCAGGGUGAGCGAGAGGGGGAGGGGGUUGAGAAAGCAGGAGAAGCAACAGCUUCAGAUUUCUAGGGAAACAGACGGAAGGGAAGUCCGAGCAGCUUCUAAGACAAGUACAGAGAGGAAACAGGAUGAGCUGGAGAAGUAUGGGGGAAAAAGGAAAGAUGCCUCAACACGGAACAUAGCGGACAAAAAGGAGCAGAGGAAUUUGUUCUUGUGUGAGCCAAGAAGAUAUACGAGAAGAAAGUAGGCUGAUGGAUUAAGGGAUGAGCAAAGUAGCAGAGAAGUGAUAAAAAGCCAGGCCUGUCAGUGGAGAAAAGAGAAAGAGAGAGAAAAGGAGAAAAAGGGGGUAGUUAAAUUAAGAGGAGGGAGGGAGAGAGAAGAGAUUAACAGUCUGAGAGAAAGAAAGAAAGAGAGAGAGUAAAGAAAAGGGUGCUGUUGUCAAGAAACAGGCACAGGAAUAAAAUAAGGAAAGGACGGCAGAGCAAGAGAGGAAGUCGUUGGCAGCGGCAGCAUCUGCAUUUGAAUGAGAGUUUACGAGAGCACAUGCAUGUCAGCGGCUAUGUGUGCGCCUGAGCCCGAGCUCGAGCUCGUGUGUGAGAGUGGAAGCACGUUAUGAAGACUCUUAUGCUCUGGCUCCUUCCUGUCAUCUUUCUGUGCUCCUUCUGCAGUGUGGCCUUCUGGAUAUUCCUUUCUAACAAUAAUGUAAGCCCUAAUCCUUCAUCUAAGAUUGUUAAAAAAGUCUCAGAAACACAGCAAUGCAAGGGAUGCAAAGACAGUGCAUUCAUUGCCAAAGCCCUGGGGAACUACUCUAACAGAUGGAAAAAACAUGAGGCAAACUUUAAAAGAUUCAGGUCAUUACUGAGUAACAAAUGCCAUGCUGUGUCAAAGGCUGUGGUCACACAGAAUAACACCCCAUUGGGGUCUAUUGUUAUCUAUGAUGGAGAGAGGAGAAAGCCAGUACAGGUGACAAAAGCCCUGUUCAACAUCUUGGCUAAGGAGCAGCCCUUUGGAAAUGCUACAUGGGAGUCAUGUGCUGUGGUGGGGAAUGGUGGUAUUUUGACCAAUAGCAGCUGUGGAGAAGAAAUUAAUUCUGCUCAGUUUGUCAUUAGAUGCAACCUUCCACCACUGGAUAACAGAUAUGAGAAAGAUGUGGGCAACAAAACCAACCUGGUGACUGCAAAUCCCAGCAUCCUCCAUGAGAAGUUCAGUGGUCUGAUGGAGCGCCGUCGUCCAUUUGUGGAAAGCCUUCGUCCUUAUGGACAAGCCUUAUUGCUGCUGCCAGCAUUCUCCUAUGGUCACAACACGCCUGUAUCCCUGCGUGCCUUUUACACACUGGAGGACUUUGGCAACAAUGGCCCGCUGCCUGUUUUCCUGAAUCCAGAAUAUAUGAGAAGGUUGUCCGAGUUUUGGCGUGGGCGAGGCCUUAACUCGGUUCGUCCCAGCACAGGACUUAUCAUGGCCAGCCUAGCACUAGAAAUCUGUGCUAAUGUCCAUUUGUAUGGUUUUUGGCCUUUCGGUAUACAUCCAGGUGACAAACGACGGAUCACCAAUCAUUACUAUGAUGAUCGGGAGAGCAAGAAGAAUGUGCAUUCUAUGCCGACUGAGUUCGAACAUUUAUUUAAACUCCACAAGCAAGGUGUGGUUCGCAUACACCUGGGGGAGUGUCAACCCACACACAGGUAAAACACAAGACUAGGCCUUGCCUGUAAUGGACGUUGGUGUAUGUACUGUACACACCUACAGAAUACUUCUCCACUUGAUUAAGAACUGCAACAGGCCACCUGGAUCAUGUCUGGAAAGACACAGCUGUGAAUGUGAAAGUGCACUAAAUCUAUUUUGCUUAUAAUGCUGUGCAGAUUUGCUCAAAGAAGAAGCCAUGAACAUUCACAACAAACUUUUUUUUUGUGUUACUUUGUGAUAAUCUUGCACACAGAAAUAGCUGAAAAGAAUGUAUUGAUUUUAGCCUUGGUAUACUGUGAAAGAACUGAAUUAGGAAAAUGACUCCCAGAGCAGCACCCCUAAACACUCCUUAAGUGGUCUUGCCUUAGCCAGCCUUUAAUGUGCUCGCUACUGGUGCUUCUCCAGCUUUGCUGCAUUCAUCACAAGUGCCAGUCUGUCCUCUUUAGCAUUUUUUUAGCAGUGAAUGUGAAUUUGAUAUCAGGUGUGCAGAAAUAGCUGUGAAAGCAGCAUUGAAUUAAAACUCUAGACUUUGAUUCCAGGACUCAGAUCUCAGCUAAGAGAUCGGUAGAAAUGUCCGGAUGUUUGGAAGCAUGAUGUCGCAUUCACAGUGUGAAACAAUAAUAAGCAUGAAUGUGGUUAGUGUAACUCAGAGUAAAAAACAAGAGCUGGAGUAAAAGCUGAAAAUAGUGGCAAAUUUCAAUGUGCCAAUUCUGAAUGCCCUAUCUGAUUAUGAAAUUACUCUCACGGCAAUCGCUAAUGUAAAUAAAAAAUAUUUGCUUUGAAUUUUUCAAAAUCAAGAUCAAAUGCAAAUAAUGACAUAAGA